AUGGCUAAUCACUUUGCUUCUUCUCCUUGGCUUUUGUUGGGGGAUUUCAAUGCCAUUUUGAGGCCUCUAGACUGUGUUGGUGGUCAAUCCUCUUGGCCAACUUAUAUGGAUGAUUUUAGUGAUUGCAUGGCUUCGGCUGAACUCAAUAUGCUUCCUUAUAAAGGCCUUCAUUACACCUGGAGUAAUGGACAGCUUGGUGACAACUCCAUACUUAGGAAACUUAACUGGGCCUUUGGCAAUAACAACUGCUUCCCUGCUGUUGUUUUUUGCUCUUGGGCUCGUCAUUUAAGUUGCUCCCUUAUGUGCUAUCUUUUCUCCAAGCUAUGUCGUCUGAAAGGGAGUCUAAAGCAGCUUAAUAGACAUGAAAUAGGACACAUUUCAUAUAGGAUCCUCAAAGCUAGGUGUGCUUGGGAAUCUGUUCGAGUCAUGCUGGAUGAUGACCUAACUAACCUUGCCUAUCAAAGCGAGGAAAGAAUUCUUGCUCGCAAUUAUUUCUCCCUUUGUCAGAUGGAAGAAUCCUUUUAUCGGAAGAAGUCUCGUAUUUACUGGCUCACCUUGGGAGACAACAACAUCAUAUUUUUUCAUCGCUCUAUUGUGCAUAGGCAAUCACGUAACAAGAUUUCUUCUCUAGCCUGGGAAGAUGAUUCCCUCACUUAUGGGCAAUCAAAGAUUGCACUCAUGACAGUCUCUUAUUUCCAAGACAUGUUUACUACCACCCCCUCUAUUGUAAUACUUGAUCUCUCAAAUGACAAGGCCCCUGGUCCUGAUGGGUUCUCCUCGUGUUUUCUUUGA